AUGAUGAAUCACGAAGCAGAAAUCCUAAAGUCAGUCCAGAUAGGUUUAGAUGUCUGCAUAUUUCUUCUCAACACUGAUCGUGGCCUACAAGCGACUGAGUUAUGUAAUGAAUGUACAACUCUACUUCAAAACCUUGGCACUGGUAUUCAGCUUGAUAUCUCCCAUGUAAUAUUCAAUGCUUACUUCGCCAUCUCUGGUUACGCAAAUGCAGAAAGAUACACUAAUAAACUUCUUGAAACGCUCCUCAACGUUGGAAUACUAACAACACGACUGGGAGACAAAUAUGAAGCACAAAACCGGUUUGUAGAGGGAAAGCAACUUUUUAAAAGCGCACUCGCCAUCUGGAAAACGACUGGUAGAAAAAAGGGAGAAGCUGAGGUUCAUGAAAGACUUGGAAAUGUAGGUUACUACCUAUGUGAAAUGCAGAAGGCAAAAAAACACUACCAGAUAGCAGUUGCCAUCGCUAUAGAAGUUGGCGACAAACGAGGAGAAGGAAGUAGUAACGGGAGCCUCGGAGCUGUGUUUGAUUGGCUUGGCGAAUAUCAGAAGGCUAAAGAAUAUCACGAGAAGGCACUUGCCAUCGCGAUAGAAAUUGGUGACAGACAAGGUGAAGGAAGAAGCAACGGGGACCUUGGAUCUGUUUUUCAAUCUCUUGGCGAAUAUCAAAAGGCUAAAGAAUAUCACGAGAAAGCACUUACCAACGCGAUAGAAAUUGGCGACAAACGAGGAGAAGGAACAAGGAAUGGGAAUCUCGGAGGUGUGUUUCAUUCCCUUGGCGACUAUCAGAAGGCUAAAGAAAAUUACGAGAAAGCACUUACCAUCGCAAUAGAAAUUGGCGACAGACGAGGAGAAGGAACAAGUAACUUGCAUCUCGGAAAUGUGUUUAUUUCCCUUGGCAAAUAUCAGAAGGCUAGAGAAUAUCACGAGAAAGCAGUUGCCAUCGCUAUAGAAGUUGGCGACAAACGAGGAGAAGGAAGUAGUAACGGGAGCCUCGGAGCUGUGUUUGAUUGGCUUGGCGAAUAUCAGAAGGCUAAAGAAUAUCACGAGAAGGCACUUGCCAUCGCGAUAGAAAUUGGUGACAGACAAGGUGAAGGAAGAAGCAACGGGGACCUUGGAACUGUUUUUCAAUCUCUUGGCGAAUAUCUAAAGGCUAAAGAAUAUCACGAGAAAGCACUUACCAUCGCGAUAGAAAUUGGCGACAAACGAGGAGAAGGAACAAGGAAUGGGAAUCUCGGAGCUGUGUUUUAUUCCCUUGGCGACUAUCAGAAGGCUAAAGAAUAUUACGAGAAAGCACUUGCCAUCGCGAUAGAAAUUGGCGACAGAGAAGGCGAAGGAACAAUUCACGGGAACCUUGGAGCUGUGUUUGAUUCCCUUAGCGAAUAUCAUCUGGCUAAAGAAUAUCACGAGAAAGCACUUGCCAUCGCGAUAGAAAUUGGUGACAAACCAGGAGAAGGAACAAGAUACGGGAACCUCGGAGCUGUGUUUGAUUCCCGGGGCGAAUAUCAGAAGGCUAUAGAAUAUUACGAGAAAGCACUUGCCAUCGCAACAGAAAUUGGCGACACACGAGGAGAAGGAACAGUUAACGGGAGCCUUGGAGCUGUGUUUGGUUCCAUUAACGAAUAUCAGAAGGCUAAAGAAUAUCUUGAGAAAGCUCUUGCCAUCUCGAUAGAAAUUGGGGACAAACGAGAAGAAGGAAACAUUAACGGGAACCUCGGAGCUGUGUAUCAAUCCCUCGGUGAAUAUAAGAAGGCUAAAGAAUAUCACAAGAAAGCACUUGCCAUCGCGAUAGAAAUUGGUAACAGAAUAGGAGAAGGCUCGAUAUACUCGAAACUUGGAGGUGUGUAUUUUGAGCUUCGAAAAAAUCGGCAAGCUAAAGAAUAUUUUGACAAAGCAGUUGACGUCAGUUUAGCAAUUGGUGACAGAAAACUAGAAGCCUGCGCUACUGCAGGUUUGGCAGCUGUCUUUGCUUCUGUUAAUGACUAUCAGAAGACAAAAGAACAUUGUGAGAAGGCGCUUACCAUCAGCAGAGAAUGUGGCAAUAGAAAGUUCGAAGCAGAAAUUUACCUAAACCUUGGAAAUCUAUACCUUUCGCUUGGUGAAAGUGGCAAGGCAGAAGACUACUUAGAGAAAGCUUGUUCCAUAAGCAGCCAGUUUGGAUAUAAGAUGACUCAGUUUCAAAGCCUUCUUGGUAUUACACAGUUAAAGAUAUCACAGUCGGAGGUUGUGGAGGCAAACCAAUGUCUUCUUCAAUGUAUCGGCAAAUAUGAACAAAUCAGGACUUUUCUGAAAGGAAACAGUGAAUUUAAAAUGUCUCUGUUAGAAGAACAUGGUACUUUUCCCUACCAGUUACUCACUAACUUGCUAUGCCGUAUUGGAAAAUUUCGAGAUGCUCUUUAUGCUGAGGAGCUGGUACGAGCAAGAGUCCUCGCUGAAUUCAUGGCAGAUAAGUACUCUCUGGAAAGCCACUUCACAGCUGAUCCACAAUCAUGGUUCGGGAUUGAAAACAUCAUGAAGAGAGAAAGAAACUGUGUUUGUUUGUUCCUUUCAUAUAGAGAACGGCAAGUUCUUCUCUGGGUAUUGAAAGCAAAUGGAGACAUUUUCUUCCGAGCAACAGAUGAAGCGGAAGUUGACACCCUAAUUGCUGAGAAAGUUUGCGACGUGGAAGGAGUUUUCAAAAAGAGCGCCGCCGGCUUUGGAGUUUUACCCGCCGCAAACUGCGAAGAUCGAUCAUUGAAUGACGACGUGACGACAUCUCUUCAUGAAGAGAGCCGGGCAAAUUUGCGAGGUGACGAAACUAAAGAUACCGAAAGAACUCAUCAAUUGUGCUACAAAUGGAUCGUCGCACCUGUGGCAGAUUUACUUACUGAGCCUGAAAUCAUCAUUGUGCCCGAUCGAUUCUUGUAUCGAGUCCCAUUUGCUGCCUUGUGUGAUGAACCAGUCGGAAAGUAUUUAUCGGAGAAGUACAGAAUACGCAUCGUCCCUUCUCUAACGACUCUGCGGCUCAUCCAAGAAUGUCCUUCGGACUAUCACAGUCUUACUGGCGCACUGGUUGUUGGUGAUCCUACGGUUGGCAAAGUGCAUUACAAUGGACGUCUUACUGACAUUACACCAUUGUUUCAUGUAAAUAAGGAAGCAGAGAUGGUUGGUCGACUGCUCGGCGUUCAGCCUUUGUCAGGAAGUCGCGCGACAAAGCAGGCGGUACUUCAAGCGAUACCUUCAGUGAGUCUGAUACAUCUUGCUGCUCAUGGAAAUGCCGAAAGAGGAGAGAUUGCUCUCUCUCCUCAAUCUACCACUAACGGUAUUCCCCAAGAGGAAGACUACCUCCUGACAAUGUCCGACAUUCAGGUAGUUCAGGUGCGAGCCAAACUGGUAGUACUCAGCUGUUGUCACAGUGGGCGUGGAUUGGUAAAAAAGGAAGGAAUUAUUGGAAUCGCUCGAGCUUUCUUAGCAGCCGGUGCACGUUCAGUGUUGGUAGCAUCGUGGGCUAUAGAAGACGAAGCAACGGCUAAGCUCAUGGAACAUUUCUAUGAACACCUUGUUGGUGGAGAAAGUGCCAGCGAAUCUCUUCACCAAGCCGUUCAAUGGUUGAGAAGCAACGGCUUUCCCAAAUCUUCCCAAUGGGCUCCGUUUGUGCUUAUGGGGGAUAACGUGACAUUCGAUUUUAUGAAAAAAAGGUAAGUCUGAGCGUAAUGUGCAAUUAUCUAUAAUAAACCGAUUAGCACACUAAAAUUGUUCAGUUGACCAACUUUUUUUGUUUGUUCGUUUUUGUCUUAGUCCUUCAUUCAUAAAAUAUCAAGAAAAAGAAGACUAUUUUAUCUAAUGCUAGGAGCCGGAAGAAUUUGAUGAAUUGCUUUCUAGAAUUUGCCUGGAAUUAGAGUUUCUUUCGAAUGGAAGAUUUUUGGAAAUAAUUGUUCAAGGCCGAUACGAUGCUAGACACUUUGACAAUGAAGGUAAUCUGAGAAUCUUAAGCUAACACUAAAAAAGUUAACUUUAUUUGUAAAAAAAAAAAACAAUAACGACUAAAUGAUAAUUUUAAGGGUACUUUCGCAUCAAACAUUUAGAAAGAUUGGAAAAUCAUGGCCUAUGACGAUGAGGAAGAAAGUAAUUUAUUCUAUAGGAAAUCAGUUCUGCAUGCUUUAAAGUUAAAAAGAGUAGUAAAUGUAUGUUUUUUUGUGUUUUUUUUCAGGAAUGAAGAACUCAAGGAGGACAACAACGAGGCAGAGAAGGAACAGAGUCACGACUGA